UUAUACUUACAAUAUGAAAUGUACUGUUGUGCGUUCUGGAAUAACGAUAAGGGUUUCAUAUAAAUAGAAUGGGGAUGUAGAAAACCUGCGCAGUUUCAUUGCAAGCGCAGCAGACGACAUCAUGUUGUGGGUACUUGUUUAUAUCAUAGUGUUUCUAUUGCUGCUGGUGUACUUGGAGCGUUGGCAGAAACAUGGCGAGUUUGAGAAGAUCCCCGGACCUAGAGGAAUACUGUUCGCUGCUAAUGCUUUGGAUUUCUUGAUGGACUCAGUGAAACUUUUUUACCACGUGAGAUUGCUGGCUAAUAAAUAUAAAAAAAUAUUCAAACUAAAAAUGCUCACGAAGAAGUUUGUCAUUCUGUACAAUCCGGAAGACAUAGAGACCAUAAUAUCUGGAGUCAGAAACAGCAGCAAAGGAUUUCUGUAUAGGUUCAUCAAGCCUUGGCUUCAAGAAGGCCUGCUUCUGAGUGAUGGUGCUAAAUGGCAGCAUCGAAGAAAAAUUCUCACCCCGACAUUCCACUUCAACAUCCUGAAACAUUUCUGCUCCGUUCUAGAAGAGAACAGCAAUAAACUGGUAAAACAACUGGAGCCUGAAGUGGGAAAGCCGAAGACAAAUGUGUCCUCUUAUAUUGUCGAUUUCACUUUAAACUCUAUUUGUGAAACUGCGAUGGGCAUAAAAUUGGAUCCUAAAACAAGUGACGUAGGCAAGAGUUACAAAGACUCUAUACACAUGUUGGGAUCAUUAGUAGUGCACAGAGCCCAAAGGGUUUGGACAUACCCGGACAAGAUAUUCUCCCUCACAACCGCAGGACGGAAGCAGAAAAAAAUAUUAAACCUUCUCGGAUCCUUUCGAGAUAGUGUCAUAAAUAAAAGAAGAGAAAGUAACAAUUCGCAACCUGUUAUCUUCAAUAACACGGAUGACGACAUUACGCUUGGAAAGAAAAAGCUAGCGAUGUUAGAUUUACUACUACAAGCUGAGAAAGAAGGAAUUAUUGAUGCGAAAGGUAUUGGUGAAGAGGUUGACACUUUUAUGUUUGAGGGACACGACACCACGGCGACGGCUAUUCAAUUUGCAUUGAUGCUAUUGGCGAACAAUCCAGAAUCACAGGAAAAAGUUGCUGAAGAACUCUAUGAUAUAUUUGGUGACUCAGAUCGUGAGGCCACAAUGAAUGAUCUGGGGAAGAUGAAGUAUCUGGAAUGCUGCAUCAAGGAGUCAAUGAGAUUAUAUCCACCUGUGUGGUUCAUCAUCAGGAAAAUAGACAAGGAUUUAAAACUUAAGCAAUACGAAGUCCCGAAUGGGGUAGACUGUGUCAUUCUCAUCUACGACCUGCACCGACGCAAUGAUCAGUUCGUGGAGCCACAAGAGUUCCGUCCUGAUAGGUUCCUUGUUGAGCCCACCUGGCAUCCUUACGCCUACCUGCCUUUCAGUGCCGGACCUAGAAACUGUAUAGGUCAAAAGUUCGCGAUGAUGGAAAUGAAGCAUUCGCUAUCGGCUGUGAUCCGUCGCUACCGACUGCGGCCGGUGACCAGGCCUGCAGACGUCGUCUUCGUCACCGAUUUCAUACUGCGACCCAGAGAUCCCAUCUAUGUACAGCUUGAAAAUAGGGUUCAGCGCAGUUUCAUUGCAAGCGCAGCAGACGACAUCAUGUUGUGGGUACUAGUUUAUAUCAUAGUGUUUCUAUUGCUGCUGGUGUACUUGGAGCAUUGGCAGAAACAUGGCGAGUUUGAGAAGAUCCCCGGACCUAGAGGAAUACUGUUCGCUGCUAAUGCUUUGGAUUUCUUGAUGGACCCAGUGAAACUCUUUUACUACUUUAGAACUCUGGCUAAUAAAUACAAGCAGUUAUUUAAACUUAAAUUGGGUACGAAGAAGUUUGUCGUUUUGUACAAUCCGGAAGAUGUGGAGGUGGUGUUAUCUGGCAUUAAACACAACAGCAAGGGAUUUUUAUACGGGUUCAUACAACCUUGGCUACAAGAUGGACUGCUUUUGAGUGACGGCACCAAAUGGCAACACCGCAGGAAGAUCUUAACUCCAACGUUCCAUUUCAACAUCCUCCGUCAUUUCCACGUGGUUAUAGAAGAGAACAGCAAGCAGCUCGUGGAGAGCCUUAAAACAGAAGUUGGGAAGCCCAAGACGGAUGUCGUCAGCCUUAUCUCUGACUUCACUUUGAAUUCUAUUUGUGAAACCGCAAUGGGAAUAAAAUUCGAUAAAGAAACUUCAGAUCUCGGGAGACGGUACAAAGAUGGAAUUUAUUCUAUCGGGCAGUUGAUGGUGUAUAGAGCACAGAGAGUGUGGAUGUAUCCGAAUUGGCUGUUCCCGUUAACUGACGUGGGUCGAAAGCAGAAGAAAUUGCUGGAUCUACUGAGCUCCUUCCGAGACAACGUCAUAAACAAGCGAAGAGAAUCAACCGCAUUUCAGUACAUCGACGUGGAAAAGUAUGACGAUGAUCCUUACAACUCUUCGAUUGGAAAGAAACGGCUGGUGAUGUUAGACUUGUUGCUUCAAGCGGAGAAGUCUGGGACUAUUGACGCCAAAGGAAUUGGCGAAGAAGUUGAUACAUUUAUGUUUGAGGGUCAUGACACGACAUCAACAGCUUUGCAGUUUGCUUUUAUGGCACUGGCUAAUUAUCCAGAUGUACAAGAGAAGGCAGUAGGAGAAUGCAACCAGAUAUUCGGAGAUUCCGACCGGCCAGCCACCAUGCACGAUCUCGGCCAGAUGAAGUACCUGGAGUGCAUCAUCAAGGAAACGAUGAGACUGUACCCGCCGGUCCACUUCAUUAUGAGGAAGUUCAACCACCCGGUCAAGUUCAAAAACUACGAGGUACCAGCGGGCACGGACUGCGCGAUCCUGGUAUAUGACCUGCACCGACGAGCUGAUCAGUUCCAGGAUGCGCUGGCCUUCAAGCCGGAGAGGUUCUUCGGUGAACCCACAUGGCAUCCAUACUGCUAUAUACCCUUCAGCGCUGGACCUAGAAACUGCAUUGGGCAAAAGUUCGCGAUGAUGGAGAUGAAGCUGCUCCUGUCUUCAGUGCUGCGUCGCUUCAGGUUACACCCAAUCACCAAGCCAGCACACCUCACCUUCUUCUUAGAUUUCGUACUAAGAACUACAAAACCCAUCUAUGUUAAAGUUGAACGAAGAUUGUAAUUAAAAUUAUGCUAAAUACUUUGUA